AAGUAAGGAGUGGCUCUACGAUCUGUCAAGUUAAAUGAAUUCUCGUGAAAAUUAAUGACUCGUCGCAUCAAUUAAGUUAUUCCCGUGCGCUUAGUAUUGACAACUCAUCGUGUAGUAGUUCUGAUAUACAAAGAAAAUGUCGUCUUCGGGUGAUUUUGGAAACCCGUUGCGUAAAUUCAAGCUUGUCUUUCUCGGUGAACAGAGCGUUGGAAAAACAUCUCUUAUUACACGGUUUAUGUAUGACAGCUUUGACAACACGUAUCAGGCUACAAUAGGUAUAGAUUUUCUAAGUAAAACUAUGUAUCUGGAAGAUAGAACUGUAAGAUUACAGCUGUGGGAUACUGCAGGUCAAGAACGGUUUAGAUCUUUGAUACCAAGUUACAUUAGAGAUUCUACAGUUGCAGUUGUCGUAUAUGAUAUUACUAAUGCAAAUUCAUUUCACCAAACAUCAAAGUGGAUUGAUGAUGUUCGGGCUGAGAGGGGUAGUGAUGUAAUUAUUAUGUUAGUGGGUAAUAAGACAGACUUGAGUGAGAAAAGACAAGUUUCAACAGAAGAAGGUGAACGAAAAGCUAAAGAGUUGAAUGUAAUGUUUAUUGAAACUAGUGCUAAAGCCGGGUAUAAUGUAAAACAACUGUUUAGAAGAGUAGCAGCAGCUUUACCAGGCAUGGAUUCCACUGAAAAUAAGCCUCCUGAAGACAUGCAAGAAGUAGUUCUCAAGGAUACACCAAUUGAACUGAAAGCAACGGAGAGCAGUUGUGCAUGUUAAACCACCGAUCAGCUUAAUGGUAGACAGGACACUGACUUAAGUUAAAUUAAUAAAUUAAACUUUCGACGCUAGGACUGUGGCAUAUUCAGCCUGUGUUCUUUCCACAGUUCAAAAUGUGGAAAGUAAUAUCACUACACUGAAUAGCUUGAAUUGUUUGUUUAUGAGAAUAUAAAUAUCACACGGUAGCUUAAGCAGACUGCUUUUACACAAUAACGUGUUUCGUGUGUAUCAGUAUAUCCAAUCAACAUAUUCCAAUUUAUUUAAACUUUCGAAUCAUUUAUUACUGCUGCUUGCUUUUUUAACGUGUCAACG